UUUCAUUGGAACUUUCUGCUGCAGGAAAAGCCCGAUGUUUCCUGCUUCUCUCGUUUGUGAGGCGUUCAUGGACAGCCACCAAAACACACCUUUGAUUUAAGAGUCCUUCGAGGAGCUUUAGCCUCUCGUCUCACGGACAAAUGUCACCUGUUCGGACAUUUUAAAGGCUUCAGUUCGAAACGUCACCGUUGAAAAAGAAGAGGAGAAACGGACGCAGUAUCAAAAAUACUGUAAGCAAAGUCUCAGCAUGAGGGUUGGCCACUUGCACACUUGAAGUCUUACCCAGGAGAGCUCAUUACUUUACGACUCGGUGCCUCUGAACGCUGACAGACCCCAAGAUGGAGGAGCAGUCCAGUUUUCCUAAUGUCAGCAUUCCCUGCCACAACGAGCAGAGGGACAAGAAGAAGCGCUACACAGUGCGUUUACAAAGUGAUGGUGUCUGUUGGAAGACAUGAGUGGUUUGUCUUCAGGCGAUACGCAGAGUUUGAUAAACUAUAUAACACAUUAAGAAAACAGUUUCCAUCUAUGAACUUGAAAAUACCAGCAAAAAGGAUAUUUGGGGACAAUUUUGACCCAGAAUUCAUCAAGCAAAGAAGAGCGGGGCUGCAUGAAUUCAUCAAGCGGAUUGUCUCAAAUCCUCAGCUUUCCAGCCAUCCAGAUGUAAGGAGCUUUCUUCUAAUGGACAGGAAGCACCAACUUUCAGAUGCCUCUGAGGAUGAGGAUGAUAAAAACAGCUCUACCUCCAGAAACAUUAACCUGGGACCCUCUGGAAAUCCACAGGCAAAGCCUACAGACUUUGACUUUUUAAAAGUUAUAGGAAAGGGGAGUUUUGGAAAGGUUUUCCUUGCGAAACGGAGACACGAUGGAAAAUAUUAUGCAGUCAAAGUUUUACAGAAAAAAGUCAUUCUCAAUAGAAAAGAGCAAAAACACAUCAUGGCAGAGCGCAACGUGCUUCUGAAGAAUGUCAAACACCCCUUUCUGGUCGGGCUUCACUAUUCCUUUCAGACCACAGACAAGUUGUACUUCGUCUUGGAUUUCGUCAAUGGAGGAGAACUUUUUUUUCAUCUUCAAAGAGAACGGACAUUUCCAGAAUCCAGAGCUAAGUUCUACAUUGCUGAAAUGGCAAGUGCGCUCGGAUAUCUGCAUUCUCUCUACAUUGUUUACAGAGACUUAAAGCCAGAAAAUAUCCUGCUUGACCAGGAGGGACAUAUCGUGCUGACUGACUUUGGAUUGUGCAAGGAGGGCAUUUCCCAGACAGAUACCACCUCUACAUUUUGUGGAACUCCUGAGUAUUUGGCUCCAGAAGUCCUGAGGAAGCAGCCGUACGAUAACACUGUGGACUGGUGGUGUCUAGGAUCUGUGCUGUAUGAAAUGCUCUUUGGUUUACCUCCAUUUUACAGCAGGGACACACAUGAGAUGUAUGACAACAUUCUCCACAAACCGCUAGCAAUGCGCCCUGGAGCUUCCAGCACAGCCUGGUCUCUCCUUCAGGGUCUGCUGGAGAAAGAUCGCACACACAGACUGGGCUCCAGAGACGACUUUAAUGAGAUCAAAACCCACAGUUUCUUCUUAUCAAUAAACUGGAAGGAUCUUGAAGAGAAAAAGAUCCCCCCUCCAUUUACACCUAAUGUGAGCUGUUCCAGCGAUAUCGCAAACUUUGAUCCCGAGUUCACAGAGGAGAUGGUUCCCAACUCCAUCUGCUGGACUAAAGAACACUCCAUUGUCAACGCCAGUGUCAUGGAAGCUGACGAUGCCUUUUUGGGCUUCUCCUACGCCCCGCCUUCUGAUGAUUCAUUCCAGUGAAACAUCCCCAGCUGGGUUCCUCAUUUGCCUUAACAAUUGUAACAUUUCUUUUGACUAAAGGGAAAAAAGUUAGAACAAAGAGGUUUAUUUGUCCUGUGAAGCCAAAGCAACCAACAGAGAAUAACCUGCAUUUAAAACUGAUUUUGAUUGGAAGAAAGUCUUUAUAUUUUACCUGUUUUGUAUUUAUAUAAAUAUAUAUAUAACAGAUGCUAUAUUUUAGAAUUCAGCUAAUGUCCUCACUUGGUAAUGUGAUUUCAGGUCUUUUCUAAAAAAUGAGCCUUAAAAUGAUCCCUGAAAUAAAAUCAACAAGCAGGCGUUUGAAAACUUGAACAGUUCACUGUACCUACAAAGAAAGAUUCUAUCGAGUUUGUCCAUAUUCUUAUCAUAAAAUAAUAAACAAAUGCUUGUUGUAUGUAGGUUCUACUUGGGGAACAAGUGGAUUAUAAGCAUGUUUGGUAAAUUUGUCAUGCUAGUUCAGUUGCCUAACAGUUUCUUUUUUUUAUACUGAAACGUCUGUUUUUGAUUUUAUUUUCUUCAACACAUCUGCUCAUAUAAUUAGAAAUUCACAAUACUUGUCUUCAGCUGACAUGUACUUCUGCAGUAAUGAUUAAAAAAACCAAAGGCAAAAGUUUA